UCACUUGAUGACCAGUUUCCGGUUUUCUCAUCGCUCAUAAUCGUGUUUGAACACUUGAUUCCGGUUUCCGUCGCGUUAAAAUAGUUUUAGAUGUGUGUAAUGUAAGUGUAUAACAAAAUGGAUACACAGCGUCUCUGUUUCGUUACUUUGUGCAUUUUAGCUGGGCAACUUUCGUUUACGGUCGGAAACAAGAAAAUUUGCAACCAGAAGUUAUUAUGUAGUGACUGUAUUACAGUACACCAAGAUUGUGCAUGGUGUAAACAAAAGGACUUUGUAGGUACCCGAUGUAGUACCUUAGAUGACCUUAGAAACGAGCUUAAAUGUGAAGAAGCCGAAAUAAUAUUCCCUAUGAACAAUGUUACAGCAUCACAGAAUUCCAGUUUACAAGAUGGUAGUCAGACCUCGGACCCUGUACAACUGUCACCUCAACAUGUAUCACUUACUCUUAGACCAGGUAAAACAUUUUUACUGGACGUGAACUACAGAGUUGCUGAAAAUUUGCCUAUAGACUUGUACUUUGUUCUCGAUUUCACAACCACCAUGAAGAAUCGCAUUAAAGAGCUAGCAGGACUUACAAAGGACCUGAUUAAUGGAUUGAAAGACAAGUUUUCGGAAAACAUCUUCAUAGGAUUUGGUUCCUUUGUCGACAAGCCCGUGCAACCAUUCAGUAUAACUACAAAACAACACUUGGAGAACCCGUGUGUUUUACAGAACACCCAGUGUGAACGGACGUACGGAUAUAUCCACAGAAAAAAGCUCAACAACAACAUUGAACAAUUCAUAGAAACCAUUAGGACUGCUCAGACAUCAGCAAACUUUGACCCAAUGGAAGGAGGGCUAGAUGCCGUACUACAAGCUGCGGUGUGUCCGGACAUUGUGGGUUGGAGGGACCACUCCAGACGUGUGUUAGUGUACAUGUCCGACAGUGGGUUUCACUUCGCCGGUGAUGGAAAGCUUGCUGGGAUUGACAGGCCUCAGGAUGGUUUGUGUCACAUGGCGCCCUACAACGGAAGCAAGGAGCAAUUUAUUUAUACACAUGCGGCGAUAUAUGAUUAUCCAUCAUACGGGCAGUUAAGAAAGGUUCUGGCAGAUAAUAAUAUCAACUCAUUCUUUCUUGUGGAGGAGACAGAUAAAAAGAUGUAUGAAGGACUAACAGACAUGAUCGGGAGCCAGUCAUCCACGGAGACUAUGAGUACAGAGGGAACCAAACAUAUUGUACGGCGUAUAAAAGAGUUCUUUGAAAAAUUAAGUAAAAAGGUAGAAAUCCAUGCAGAAGAUCUUCCUGACGAAAUUGACGUCAUUGCUGAGACAAACUGCAAUAAUCAGCGAGUUAAAAGUACAUUCAAUUUGAAAGAAGGGUCUAUAAAGUGUGUUGAUCUAGAAAUCGGGAAAGAGGUGUACAUAAACGUGUCUAUAGUAGCAAAUGAAUGUCCCAAAGAUGGGAGCACACGAAAACAAUUUAGACUUGUACCUUCUGGGCUUCAAGAGGCUCUGCUCGUAGAAGUGGACUUCAUCUGUGAUUGUAAAUGCAAAUCUUCCGAGAAAUUAGAUGAACAGUGUUCAAACAAAAAUGGAACAUAUAUAUGCGGGGUAUGCAAGUGUAAACCUGGAAGGAGCGGGGAGUUUUGCCAGUGUGAUAAUGAUGACACCUCCUCUGAUCUCAGCACUCAAGAAGUCAACUGUAAAAAAAAUAAUGAAAGCGAGUCCCUGUGUGAGGACCGCGGCACGUGUAAAUGUGGCCAGUGUAUCUGCCCUAAAGAUUACGAGGGAAAGUUCUGUGAAUGUGAUAACACAAAAUGUAUAGGACCAGGAAGUGCAGAAAAAUGCACAAGCAAGGACCAAGGGACUUGUGAAUGCGGGACGUGCAACUGCAAUGAUAAAUUUCAUGGCGAAUUCUGCGAAUGUCCAUCAAAUGAGAAAUGCGUAGCACCAAAUGAUAAGAGACAAUGUAGCGGAAAUGGAAAGUGUAAUUGCGGGAUAUGUAAUUGUAGACUGGGCUAUAACGGAACAUUCUGUGAAGAUUGCCCGCGGUGCGAUAAUUGUCUGAAGUGUGGAAACGAGAUUCAGAAAAGCUGCAUUACUUGUCUAGAUGAAAACAGGCGUGUUGACAACGCAACUUACACCAAAUGCUCCGAGCAAUGUGCAGCCUUAAACGUUACCGAGGUGGCAAAGUUUCAGAGAAGUGUGCAGCCAUGUGGAAUGUUUGAUAAAGACAAGUGUCAGAUCAGUUACCUCAUACUCUGUGAGAAUGAUACAAUACAUCUACAUCGUGCCAAAAAUAAACUUUGUGUGAGUCCCCCGGACCCACUUCUGAUAGCGUUGCCUGUCCUGGGAGGUAUCAUUGGGGUCGGACUUUUACUGUUGAUCAUCUGGAAGAUUCUCACCUCUUUCUACGAUAAAAUUGAGUAUGCAAAAUUUGAACACGAGAUACAGGAUCCCAAAUGGAGCAAGACUGACAAUCCAAUUUACAAGACACCAGUGACAUCCAAUCAAAAUCCUGUUUACAAAGGAACUGUUGAUGAUUAGAUAUGUAUUUGUAGAAUGUGAUAAAUCUGACAAUUAGCGAGUUAUACCUUGGUUUUGACUGAUGUACUGAAAUGAAAUCUAUAGAUAAAACAUGUUAAAUAACAAAUUUUUAAGUGAUUUUUAAAGAAAAGGAAGAGAUUAUAUGAGCCGCGUCAUGACAAAACCAACAUAAUAAUUAAGUUUUGC